UGCCGCCGCCUUUUCCUUUUUCGCCGCCUCCGUUGCCGCUUGAGGAGACGGACCGAGCCGGGAGUUCCGCCGCCACCGCCAGAUGGAUAUAUGUGGAGUUUGUCGGGUGGAAAUGAGAAUUAAAACGUGUUAAUGAAUAGAGGGGUCGUAACUUUACAGUUGGCUUUAUGUAAUUGGCUUUGAAGGAGACUGUAUGUUGCUCCAUUUGCAUAGACAUCAAUAGCACCCUGUUCCGACCUCCAUCUUGCCACCCAGCUUCACCCAGAUGAGAGAAGAUAAAUCAAGCAAAUUGAGUCAGCAUUGGAGUUUAUUGUAGAUUCUCCCUCUGAAUCUUAGAAUCUUCCCAUAACAUCUCAGGAUGGACAGAAUGACAGAAGAUGCCCUUCGCCUGAAUCUGCUGAAGCGAAGCCUGGACCAGGCAGAUGAACGUGAUGAUGUCCUGGCAAAGAGACUCAAGAUGGAAGGACAUGAGGCUAUGGAGCGAUUAAAAAUGUUAGCACUGCUCAAAAGGAAGGACCUGGCAGGCAUUGAGAUGCCCCAUGAGUUACCUACUAAACAAGAUGGUGGUGGCGGUGGCAAGGGCUAUGAGGAAAAACUUAAUGGGAACCUGAGGCCGCAUGGAGAUAACAGGACUGCUGGACGGCCAGGCAAGGAGAACAUCAAUGAUGAGCCUGUGGACAUGAGUGCUAGGAGAAGUGAGCCAGACCGGGGACGGCUGACUCCCUCCCCUGACAUCAUUGUCCUUUCUGACAAUGAGGCCUCCAGUCCUCGUUCCAGUUCCAGAAUGGAAGAGAGACUGAAAGCAGCCAAUUUGGAGAUGUUUAAGGGGAAAGGUAUUGAGGAGCGGCAGCAGCUUAUCAAGCAGCUGAGAGAUGAGCUACGUCUAGAGGAAGCCAGACUAGUACUGUUGAAGAAACUAAGGCAGAGUCAGCUACAGAAGGAGAAUGUGGUUCAGAAGACCCCAGUUGUGCAAAAUGCAGCAUCAAUUGUCCAGCCAUCUCCUGCCCAUGUAGGACAGCAGGGCCUGUCCAAGCUCCCUUCCAGGCCUGGUGCUCAGGGAGUGGAGCCCCAAAACCUGAGAACAUUGCAGGGUCACAGUGUCAUCCGCUCAGCCACCAACACAACCCUUCCACACAUGCUGAUGUCACAGCGAGUUAUUGCACCAAACCCUGCUCAACUGCAGGGCCAGCGAGGGCCACCCAAACCUGGCCUCGUACGUACCACCACACCCAACAUGAACCCCGCCAUCAACUACCAGCCGCAGUCAAGUUCUUCUGUCCCUUGCCAGCGCACAACAUCCUCUGCCAUCUAUAUGAACCUUGCCUCUCACAUCCAGCCAGGGACUGUUAACAGAGUGUCUUCACCACUCCCCAGUCCCAGUGCCAUGACUGAUGCAGCCAAUUCACAGGCAGCAGCUAAGUUGGCCCUUCGUAAGCAGCUGGAAAAGACACUGCUGGAGAUCCCACCCCCUAAGCCUCCUGCCCCUCUGCUCCACUUCCUGCCCAGUGCAGCCAACAGCGAGUUCAUCUACAUGGUGGGCUUGGAGGAGGUGGUACAGAGUGUCAUUGACAGCCAAGGCAAAGGUUGUGCCUCACUUCUGCGGGUGGAGCCAUUUGUAUGUGCUCAGUGCCGCACAGACUUUACCCCACACUGGAAGCAAGAGAAGAAUGGCAAGAUUCUGUGUGAGCAGUGCAUGACCUCCAACCAGAAGAAGGCCCUAAAGGCUGAGCAUACUAACCGGUUGAAGAAUGCCUUUGUCAAAGCCCUACAGCAGGAACAGGAAAUUGAACAGCGACUACAGCAGCAGGCAGCCCUCUCCCCUACUACGGCUCCAGCUGUGUCCAGUGUCAGUAAGCAAGAGACCAUCAUGAGACACCAUACGCUCCGGCAGGCUCCACAGCCCCAGAGUACUCUCCAGCGUGGCAUCCCCACAUCUGCCCGCUCCAUGCUUUCCAAUUUUGCACAGGCACCCCAGCUGUCUGUGGCAGGAGGGCUCCUUGGCAUGCCAGGUGUUAAUAUUGCUUACUUGAACACUGGCAUCGGGGGACACAAAGCACCCAGCCUGGCAGACCGACAGCGGGAGUACCUUUUAGACAUGAUCCCCCCUCGGUCUAUAUCGCAGUCCAUCAGUGGACAGAAAUAACGCCUAUUCCACCUGCCCUGCCCCAACCCUGAACCCUCUGUUCCCUCCCUCUCUCCCUUUGCCCCCAACUUCCGUCGCAUGCAGUGCCUGUACUGGUGCCUACCAUACACGGAAAACAAAACAAAACAAAAAAAAACAGAAGACAAAAAAAAGAAACCAACAAGAAAACACAUACUCAUGCCCCUCCCCGCCACCUCCCCUCUUUCCACACUGCAGCGAUCUGUUCCUCUGCCGCUCUUUUCUUCUCUCUUCAGUUUUCUAUAAUAGUGAGAGGUGGAUCUGCACCCCACUAGAGGUCAGAGUGAGGUCCCAGGGAGAAUCUGUGCCCUCUGACAUAUGUUUCUGAAGCUUGUUUUUAUGCUAUAAUUAUUAUUAUUUUUAAUGAUGUCUUGUGUCCUCCCUUUUUGUUCAAUGGACGGUUAAACCCUUUUCUUUCUCCUUUUUUUUCUUUCUAUUUUUAACAAAGGUAUCCACUUAAGUGAUAGGAGCAUUGCAGUGGUUUUCUUCAUGGGGGGUGGGGCUCCAGCCAAAAGGUAUAAGGUGACUAAGGCUGGUUAGGGGGUGAAUACGUUUAAUCAGUGGAGUUUACUGGCAACACAAGAGGAAGAAUGGCACCCCCAGGCUCUGAGGCAUAGGAUUUCUUAGGGGAAAGGGGAACAUUGUAGCGGGGCUUUGGGAAUGAGGGUCAGGUGUUUUAGAAGGGAGAAGCUUUAAAACACAGCACCCAUAGUACUUACCCAUGGUACUAGCGAGGGUGGAAAAGCAUGGGCAUGAUUUUAAACUAGGGAGGACUGUUAGCAGGUUGUGGCCCCUGAACAACAAGAACUGGGAAUAAGGAUAAUCUUUGACUCCAUUGGAAACAUAGGAGUCUGUUUGAGGUUAGGUGGCCCAAUUUCAGUCCAGUAAAGUCAUCCUAACCUGUCCCUUCUGCCUGUAGCGCCAGCCACACUAAAGGUGAAAGGCAUUACCUGACCCCCAAGCAGAAUUUGACUGGGGGACCUGGAAGUUGGAAUGGGAGUGAGUAAAUUGGGAAAGGGGAGGAAUAGUCGUGGAGGAAGAAAGAACAGAAGGGGUUUUCUCCAUGAAGGUAAGGUUGGUUCACUUUGCGGUCUGGCUUCUCUCCCUUUUACCUCCUGAACAGAGAGGGUAAAGGAAGGAAAGGUUUCCUACCCAGGUGGGAGACCCAUCCUGACCAUACCCUUGGCAAAUUUGUUAUUGCACCAAGCCAAAUGACUCACUUCAAAACCAGCUUCAGAGGCUGCUUCUGAGAUCUAAAGUUGGUUUUUAAAGUAUUUUCAGAAUUUUAAUAGUUUUGUUUUUGUUUUUGUUUUGUUUGGGAAUCGCUACUAAUGUAGAAAAUGAAUUGAAUUGUGCAAUGUCAUUCUGGGAAUGGGGGGAGGAAUUAGCACCCAGUCUGCCCACCUUUUGGAUUGAGGGGGUAGGGAAGGUGCCAGGCUUUCUUUGAGGUGUGCUGCCCUCACACACACCCUUCUAGCUCUAAUAAACUUCCAGAAGUCCCCUAAAUAUAGCAUGCCCUAAAGAAAGGCAUGGGGAAGGAGUGUGAGGUCCUGACCCUGCUCCCAUAACCAGCCAGGAUGCCCCCCUCCCCCCGAAAAAAAAGGCACUUUUAAAAAUUAAUGAAAGAAAGAAAAGACUAAACAUUCCCUCAAAAGGUUUUUGGUGUUUGGAAUAGGGAUAAAGGAGCUGGGACCAGGCUUUGGUCUUCUACCCACUCCUGACACCCCUGUGCCAUUUCGGGUGAUUGUACUGGCCCCACGGGCCUUCCCCAGUUUUUUUUCUUCCUCCCUUCUCCCCAAAAUCCAUUGAGCACUUAAUAGAGGGGCAAAGAUGCAGCCUGUGUCUAGACUCCCUGGUGGUGAAAGGAUCUGGAAGCUAGAAGCUAGUAACCGGUAGUGAUGGGGUUGUUGUUGCGAGUGUUGUCUGAUGGGGUGUGUGGUGCCCCCUGACUGUAAAUGGGGUGGGGGUGGGGGGAAUAGUGUUGGGUGGGCUCUGGGAUUAUUUUAAAAUUCUAUAUAUAUAUAUAAAUAUAUAUUCUUACAUCUUUUCUUUGCUCUCUGUGCUUUGAAAGCACUGGAUGAAUAGUUUGGUUUUGUUUUUCUCUCUCUUCCACAAAAUUGGAAGGUGUUUUUUUUUAAUGUUUUUCUUAUGUCAUCUUGCCAUGUGGCAUGUCUCUCUAGCCUCUCCUUCCCCUCUCCACCUUCUACCCUGACACAAACACAUGAUAAAGUGCCAUUUCUGUCAUGUAUCCAACUCCCCCAGCCCAGAGGUACAAGGUGCCCAGGUAUGUCAUUUGAGAUUAAAAGUAAGGAAAAGAAUGUGCAAUACCAUGUGGCUGGUGGCAAUCCCAGCCUUGAGUUUAGUUCCCUACCGUAGGAACCAGCUACCAAUAUGUUGGCCUUGGAAAUGGGUGUAUAAGGUGAUUUUGCAUGAAGGCAGACCUGUAGUCUAGUACCUACUUCCAGGGAGAGGGAAAUGAUGUGAUGUGGUGGAGGGAGAAAUGCAGCAUGUCUUCCCUACUUUGCUCUUCUCUCUUCUUCAAGUUCAAGCUACAGAUGCUGCUUGUUUAUCAUAGAGAUCUGUGUUCCUCUGCUUAUUGGCUGAGGCUUGGUUCUUGUUCCACUGGUCCCCACUUCCCUCCCUAUCCCAUCCCUUCAGAGGUUAGUGUUGGCUAGAUUGGCCAAUAUGGUCUUCUGAAUCAUGGUAAAGUGUUAGCCCUCCAUCUUUCCUCCCUUCCUUUUCCUCCCACAUUCUCCCUUUCAUCACUGAUUUCUUUUGUCUCUACUUGCCCCUUCCAAGAUCCCUUGUAAUUUCCCAUCACCACAUCUUCUAAGUCACAAGUAUCUAUCUGAGAUCCCCUGUGGCACUGGACUAUGUGGACACUGAGCUGAGGUCCUUCAGGUAGGGCAUCACUUAUCUUAAGGAAGGAAGAAAAUACCUCUUACUCUGGGAGUCUUCCUUUAAUUCUGAAGCCUGGAGCUCAAUAUGGAGGUAGCAUGAGGGGUGCACCAGUCCUGCAUGGCUUCUCCUCACACUAAACUCCAGAGGUGUUUGGGGGAAACUGGGUCCAGCAGGCUAUUGGCAGCGCCUGCUCCCUAGAAGCUAGAGAUGGAUUUGGGGCAAAAGGCCUUUGAUGGAAAGUAAAAAGUGUGAACUGAGGUCCCAUUUUUAUUUUGUCAUUGACCAUAGCAUCCAGUCCCCCACCUGUCCCUGGAAUAAGUAUUUUUCCACAUUUUGGAUGUAAUGUAUGGUAGAAAUUUCUCUAUCCUCUUUUCCCUCUUCUCUGUUUUGCUCUUUUAUUCUCUUUUCCUUUCUCUUUUCUUUUUUCUUCUUUCCCUUCUUUCACCUCCUAUUUUUCUCAACCUUUUUUUUUUUAAAGAUGCAGAUAAGUGUUUUCCUGCUUUGGUUUCCUUUCCUUUCCCUUUUUAAAGCAAUUAGCUGUAGAACUGCUUUGUAAAGAUGCUUCUUGAUAUUUUACUUUUGAUCCCUCUUUCCCAUCCUCCCCAAUCCUAAAAGCAUAACCCUUCUCCCCUCCCCACUCCUACCCUCUUCCCCAAGACCAGGUUCCCUCUCCCAAUGAGAUCUUCAUUAGCUUAUGAUAUUUGCUGCCGAGAUGUUAUAACAAGGACUCAUUCGUGUAUAUAAGCUAUUUCUUGAUCCAUUUAAAAAGGAAGAAUUGUACAUUGUGUAGAAAAAAAAACAUGAAAAAAGUGGAAAAAAAAAAGCCCUAGCCAUGGAUAUUGUGAAACUGUGUUACGUCAUUUUGUACUGUGCCCGUUUGUGUAUGAUCCGUGCAAAAGGGUUUCUGGGGGUUAGGAGGCAGGGCUGUGGAUGAUGGGGCAAGGGGAUAGGCCAGUUUGGCAGCUGGCUCCCCUGAAUCCCCACCCCGCUUUGGAGAUGCCCCCCCUCCCCCCCCAACUGUGCCUUGCCUCCCCACCCUGGAGCAGCCCCUCCAGGUCACCAGCACUGCCUUGGCAGAGCCCUCCCCCCACCCCAGCUGCCCCACCUCCUUUCCCAGCAUUAGGUUGACACUCUGGGGGAAGUGGGGGAUGCUGGGGGACUGGGAGGUAGCUGAGGAACGGAACAGUUCCCAGGGGGCAUUGAAACCAAGUAUUAUGAACUGUAAUUGUAUUUGCACUGUUUUUUUUUUCCUCUGAUUGCAUCAGCAUAUAUACAAUAUACCUACUAUAUAACAAACCACAGUGUCAGAUUUUCUUACACCAGAGAUCUCUCCCACACCCUACACCCUAAAAACAUUAUCCAGAGGAAAGAACCUGGGCUAAUUAUCUUAUGAAAGUUGGUAGGGGAGGAAAUGUGGGCUAAGUAGGAAGAAAGUCUUCUAAUUGUCAUCUUAAGAAGGUUUCACAUAAUGCAGUACCACAUUCAGUUGAGCACUAACCCCCGUGAUCAGUAUGAAUUGAGAUGAAGGCCUGAGCUGAGCUGGGAAGCUCAUGGCUCUUGCUGGGGUGGGGAUGGGUAAGGCAGAGUUAAGAGAGACUCCUAUAUAGAAGAGGGAUAGAGUGGUAAGAGGGAGUCAAGAGAUGAGUUCCAAUCUUGAUUUCUGCUGGGUAACUUUGGACAAAAUUAAAACAAGUUUAGACUAGAUUGAUUCCUAAAAUAUAUCUUAUCCUUCCCCAACUACCACCUACAGAAGGGGAGGGAGGAACAAGUUAGAAUAAGCCUGGGAGGAAGAAUCUGCUGGUGUCCAGUGGGCCCUUCAAGUUGGCAUCUCUUUAGAUUGGCAUCAGAGUUGUGUCUGGGAGAUGGCUAAAGUGGUGAUGAUCUCUUUGAUGUGAGUCUUGAGUGCCCAGUGAGACACAAUUGUCCAUGGUCUCCUCCUCUUCCCCCACCCCCCAAGGCUAUUGGGCCAGCCUUGGGGAUGGGUGCAAAUGCCCUUUGUUUCCAGUCGGGCUGGCUGUAGAAGUGUCUCUCCCACAUAUUCUACAGUCCCACUAUCUUUGGAGACCUCAGGACUUUGGAUGCUGACUCCUUGUUAGAGGAGAAUUAGGCACAUCUUUUCUUCCUACUUUACCCCUUAGAUGACCAAGGUUCCCCAUCCCACCCUCAACAUUGCGGACUGAGAUGCUCACCAUCAGCUUCCUCCAAGUUCUUGACUAAAUGAUGUCUGGAGGCAGUGGGUGGGACAUAUGGGGUGGAAGUUGAGGGAUUAAGAGAUGCCCUUCCUUGUGUGGGGGCAGGCAGGAGGGGGGAGCAAGACCCUUUUGCACAACUCUAAGUUUCCUUAUUUUGCCUCUUCAUUUUUAUUUUCUGCAUUGUGUUUUGGGAAAGAAAUAAAAAGACUAAGACCAAUAGAAACUGGUUUUCAAAAGGACAAAUACACCCCCAUCUGUUUCAGAUACUGCCAAGCGCUUCUGCAGUGACAGAUUCAAAUAAUAAGCUAAUUUUUGGAGAAAGGAUUAAAAGAAAAAAAAAACUUUGUAAUAUUUAUCACUUGCAAGCUAUGUUUAAUAAAGAAAGGAAUGGUUUCUAAA